UGAUAGAGUUACUCCAGCUGUUGUUGCUUACUCACAAAAUGAGGAGGUUGUUGGGCUGGCAGCAAAACAAAGUAGAAUAAGAAAUAUUUCAAAUACAGUAAUGAAAGUAAAGCAGAUCCUUGGCAGAAGCCAGAAAUGCGGUCCUUGGACCUGGCUUCUCAGCAAUUAGCCCUGAGAGGGCAGAAUCGGCUGGCUCCUGGAAAUAAACUGAGAGCACACAGAACUUCCCCACACCUUCAAAUUUGCACCUUGCUGCCCAGGAGCUUGCUUCAAUAGCCUUCCUUCCCAGCCCACUAUGGCCAAUACUAAUAGCAGUGCGGGCAUCCGGUGGUCCAGACAGGAGACACGAACUCUUCUCUCCAUACUAGGCGAGGCAGAAUAUAUUCAGCGCCUCCAGACUGUGCAUCACAAUGCAGAUGUCUAUCAGGCUGUAUCUAAGCGAAUGCAGCAGGAAGGCUUCCGCCGCACCGAACGUCAGUGCCGCUCCAAGUUUAAAGUUCUGAAGGCGUUAUACUUAAAAGCCUAUGUUGCCCAUGCAACGAGUGUGGGUGAUCCGCCACACUGUCCUUUUUAUGAUACGUUGGAUCAGCUUCUCCGAAAUCAGAUAGUGACUGACCCAGAGAACUUAAUGGAGGAUGCUGCAUGGGCCAAGCACUGUGAUCAGAACUUAGUGACCUCUGACACCCCAGGGGAAGAGGGAACCAGCAUUCUGAAAACCAAAAGGACUCAGGCAGCUGAUCAUCAGCCUAUCCUGAAAACAGUUAAGGAAUCAGAUGAGGAUUGUCAGCUGAGGAUCAGUGACCGGAUGCGAGAAACCAGUGACCUCGAGGACUCCUGGGAUGAAUCCUCGGGUGCAGGGUGCUCUCAAGGGACCCCCAGCUACAGCAGCUCCCACAACCUUUUCAGAGGUGCAGCUGCUCCCUGUCAGAGCAGUCCCAUGACCAGACUGGGUGUGUCCGGUGAUCCCAGUCCCUGCACCAGCACCAUCCGAACCACUCCUGGUGUAGCCUGUACACCGCGGCCUCCAGUCUCCUCUUCCAGAGUUGAUUUUGUUUCUGGUGGGCAUAGGCCUUUGACCAGUGAGCCUGCUCCAAGGUGGGCAAGGCGAAGAAGGCGGUCAGUGGCCAGGACUAUUGCAGCUGAAUUGGCAGAAAACAGGAGAUUGGCACGAGAACUGUCAAAACGUGAGGAAGAGAAACUGGACAGGCUGAUUGCUAUUGGUGAGGAGGCCAGUGCUCAGCAAGACACUGCCAAUGAGCUCCGCAGGGAUGCUGUCAUCGCAGUCAGACGCUUGGCCACAGCAGUGGAAGAGGCAACUGGUGCUUUUCAGCUAGGGCUUGAAAAGUUGCUUCAGAGGUUGAUUUCAAAUACCAAAAGUUAGGAACCAAUUGUAAGAGGGUAUAUUUCUACACUGGUAGAAGUCUAGUUCCAACACCUAUCUUCUGGUAUCUUGGCUCCUUUUCUGUGUGCUCAGAAAAAAAGAGUGGAUGAACCAUUGAUAAACUGAAUAGGGACCAUUCUUGCUAGUUCCUUUUCCCGAGGUUUUCCAGUAAUUUGAAAGACCUUUCAGAAAUGCAAGGGGUAGUCUGAUAGAAGAUGGAGCCAAGUCCAAGAGAACUACUUUGUCCUGGCUUUGUCACUGUUAGUUUACUUCUGUACAACAGUUUCGUCCCCUGUAAAAUGGAGGACAGAUAAUAACUUCUGUCCUGCCUACCUCACAGGGUUGUUGUGAGGGUCAAAUAUGAAAAGGUUUCAAAGUUUAAAAACACUAUGCACAUCUGAGUUACUAGUGCACAAGACAUUGGCUGAGGUAAAGAUAGAGGGAGGCACAUCAGUUUACAAGACAUAGAAAUAUGCUGUACACCAUGACCUCAUUGAUUGAAUCUUUUUUUAGUUUAAUGUGACUGCUUCGUGUAGUUUGGGAUAUUAAUGUUUUAAUUGUGUCUCUCUGGCUCAUUGGAUUAGUAUUGGCACAACAUGUAUUUGUACCCCUGUCUCAUGUUUUUGCUGCUAUUGUCUCUGACAUGUCUGAGUAAGCACUCUUAAUAGUCAAACCAUCUUUCCCUUUUUCAUUUUACUGGUUCUUAGUCUUCUGUCAACAUGAGAAUAUUAUUAAGAACUGACAGGGAGCCACAGUGGAGUGCUAUGGUUCGUAUUAAUAAUCUUUGAUAUGAUGAAAUAUUGGCUGUUUUAUAAAAUAUUAAAUGUAAGUAAAUUCUUUGCAUUCCAUAUCUUUGGGUCCUUUCAUAUGCAUAAGCUAUACCUAAAUUUUGGUUGCCAUUGAAUAUUGUGGAAACAGUUUGGAUUAUAUUUGUUUCCAGUCUUUUAGCUAAUUGCAUUCUUUUCUGUUAGCUGUUUUUUAUGUCUAGUAUAUAAUAGAGAGCAAGCUUUAGAAAUUAUUUCUUCUAAGGAACUUUCCAAGGUCACUCUUUUCUCAAAUGUUGUAGACAGAAGUUCACCCAGUUAAUGACAUUUGGCAGAAGGCAACAACCGUGUUUCCCUUUUAACGCUGGGAACACUAGAGGGCAGUAUGGAUAGAAACUGCCUUUGGUAGAUAACUCUUAAAGCACAAGCCCUCAACAGAUUUCUUCACCAUUCCUACUUCCCAGCACACAUACAUAUACACACACUCCAGAGAGAUGAAGGUGAAACUCACACCUCCAAUUUCCUUUAGAAGGAAAAUGAUUACUGACCGCUAUUAAACUAACUUAAAACUUUUAGUGGUUUACAUAGUAUUUUCAGGAAGUAAAAAUAGCAGUUUUUGAAAUAUAAGAAGUUGUGUAAUCUAGAAGUAGGGAAUGGGGAAGAGAGUGGGCAUAUCAGGAGAGAGAAAGUUUUUGUUUUAUAUUUGGCAGUCUUGAGUGUUUACCUAAAUGCUGGAAGUAUACAUAGGUAAGAAAUAGAGUAACAGAGGGACCACUCCUGUAGUUGCUGAGUUCAUGAGUACACAGCAGGCAAGCUGCUCUGAUAAAAAAGGGAUGGAUGGGGGAGGCAGGUGGUAUAGAAUACGCUGGGAUUCUGAAACUCUUGGAAUCAAAUCCUGUCACAGUUUUGUUUCAUUGGGCAAGCCACUUGCCCUUUUUGUGCCUCAGUUUCUUUAUCUCCAAAUUGAGAGAUCCAUACUAGGUGAUUUGUUUUUUUUCCUAGCAUCUCCCAUUUCUGGAAAACAUUUAAAUAACUUUUAUAAAGACAAAACGAGAAUAAAAUUUAAUUUUAGUAUUUUCAGUCACAGCAACAUAAUGUAUGUUUGAAAUACUGCCAACAGUUAAUACUUUAAGGAAGUAGUCCAUGGUAUAAAUAUUAAUUAUGAGCUUGUAAGCAGCACACCAGACUUAUAUUCCUUGCUUUAAAGGAACAUGUCUUAAGAUGUUGAAGUGGAUACACACAUACACACACACACACACACACACACACACACACACAGACAUACAUACAUAUAUACCUGUUGUCUCAGUUGAUUCAGUCCAUUUUAUGGAAGGAUAUGUGUCAGUUAUUGCUGGAGAACACUAAUGUACAUAGGUUAGAUUUUCUGGGAAAAUGGGGAAGUACUUGAAGGAGAAUUAGAUCUAUACUAUAUACAUUUAUUAAUGGUAGCAAAGUACAUAGGCAGGGAUUUAUAGGAGAUAAGAGAAGUGCUAAAGGUCAGAAAUGGAGUUAAAGUUUGGAAGUGGUAUUGUGAAAAUCUAAUGGGUGAAAUAGCCCUAAUAUGGAAUGAAACUUAAGGAAAAGGUCCUGAAGAAGUAAGCUGGAAAACUCUAAUAUAUUAAGGGAGGAAAGUUGCAAUAAGGGGAGACAGUAAAAAAGGAAGCCCAGGAAUCCUGCCUAAAAACUAGGCCCAACCAUUACUACCUGUUCACACUUAGACAAGUCUUCUCACCAUUCCACAACUCAGGUUCCUCAUCUGUAAAGAGGGAAACUAAUCACUGUCCUACCUACCUCACAGGGGUGUUGUGAGGAUCAAAUGAACAGAUGAAUGUAAAAGCACUUUUAGACAUGUAAGGCAUGAUAAUGUAAUGGGGGAGAAGAACACCCUGCAGCAUGUGAGUGCUGUUGUACACUAAGCCUCCGGGCCUGCUGACUAUAAAAGAAAUUUAAGGAGGAAGAGAACAUGGUAUUGCUGGGUAAAGCUGUGAUACAAUGGUAGGAUUAACUCUGCCUCCUGAAGACCUUGAUGUAAAUGAGGUGCUGUGUAUACUAACCUCCCACCACCUUCAUUGUUCUGCUAAAUAAUUAAUCCUGAUGUUGACUAUAAAUAAAGUUUUUAUUGACAUGUA